AACAGUUGCGUCGCAGGCUUUCCUGACGGACUGUUUACAAAGUUACAACACAGGAAGUUUGCUUUGACAGCGGAGAGCGUAAUGCGUUGGGGGCUGCAGAUUCACUCGCAGAUUCACUCGCAGAUUCACAUGGUAGAAUAGUUAAUUCUUCAAUACAUCGUUAAGUUGAUGCUUAAACAGGAGCGACAAUGUUCGCGGGGCUGCCUGAGCUCGGGAUAUCCAACGGAGAGGAUCUUAAAGAAACUCUCACCAACUGUACGGAGCCCCUGAAAGCCAUUGAUCAGUUUCAGAUGGAAAAUGGCAUCCUGCUGCCAACCCUCCAGUCAGCUCUUCCCUUCCUCGACCUCCAUGGAACACCUCGGCUCGAGUUCCACCAGUCUGUCUUUGAUGAGCUUCGAGAAAAGCUGAUGGAACGAGUUGCUAUCAUUGCAGAGGGCAAGGACGAGGACAGAUAUGGGAAGCUUGAAGAACUGCUGGAGAAGAGCUUUCCCCUUGUCAAAAUGCCAUCCAUUCAGCCAGUGGUGAUGCAGGUGCUGAAGCAUCUACCCAAGGUGCCAGAAAAGAAACUGAAGAUGGUGAUGGCUGAUAAGGAGCUGUACAAAGUGUGCGCUGUAGAGGUGAAAAGGCAGAUCUGGCAGGACAACCAGGCUCUGUUUGGGGAUGAAGUCUCACCCCUCCUAAAGCAGUACAUUGUGGAGAAGGAAGCAGCCUUGUUCAGAAGUGAUCUCUCCAUCUUGCACAAUUUCUUCAGCCCAUCUCCUAAAACACGACGGCAAGGCGAGGUGGUCCUAAAACUGACACAGAUGAUUGGAAAGAACGUAAAGCUGUAUGACAUGGUGCUGCAGUUUUUACGAACACUCUUCCUGCGAACACGGAAUGUCCAUUACUGCACACUGAGAGCAGAGCUGCUGAUGUCUCUUCACGACCUGGACAUCAGUGAGAUCUGCUCCGUAGACCCCUGCCAUAAGUUUACUUGGUGUUUAGACGCCUGCAUCCGUGAGAAGUUUGUGGAUGGUAAGCGAGCCAGAGAGCUGCAAGGUUUCCUGGAUGGAGUGAAGAAAGGACAAGAGCAAGUCCUCGGGGACCUGUCCAUGAUCCUGUGUGACCCGUUUGCUUGUAAUACCCUGGUCCUGAGUAUCAUGAGGAACCUGCAAGAGCUGCUGAGUCAGGACGCUUUACCAAGGGAUAGUCCAGACCUGAUGCUGCUGCUGAGGAUGCUGUCACUGGGUCAGGGGGCGUGGGACAUGAUUGACAGCCAGGUGUUCAAAGAGCCUCGUUUGGAUUUGGAGGUGGUGACCCGCUUCUUGCCUGCCAUGAUGUCAGUGGUUGUUGAUGAUCACACCUUCACUGUAGAACAGAAGCUUCCCAGUGAAGAGAAGAGUUCAUUAACAUACCCCACCACACUGCCUGAUACCUUCAACAGGUACCUGCAGGAGAACAGAGUGGCCUGUGAAAUGGGUCUCUACUACGUCCUCCAUAUUGCCAAACUGAGGAACAAGAAUGCCUUACAGAGGUUACUGCCUCCCCUGGUAAAUGUGUUUUCACUGUGUUUUCCCUCAUACACAGCCUAUUUAAUCAACAAAAGGUCAAGUUGCAUGUGUGUUUGUGAACAGGAUAGUCCAGACCUGAUGCUGCUGCUGAGGAUGCUGUCACUGGGUCAGGGGGCGUGGGACAUGAUUGACAGCCAGGUGUUCAAAGAGCCUCGUUUGGAUUUGGAGGUGGUGACCCGCUUCUUGCCUGCCAUGAUGUCAGUGGUUGUUGAUGAUCACACCUUCACUGUAGAACAGAAGCUUCCCAGUGAAGAGAAGAGUUCAUUAACAUACCCCACCACACUGCCUGAUACCUUCAACAGGUACCUGCAGGAGAACAGAGUGGCCUGUGAAAUGGGUCUCUACUACGUCCUCCAUAUUGCCAAACUGAGGAACAAGAAUGCCUUACAGAGGUUACUGCCUCCCCUGGUGGAGACCUACAAUGACAUGGCCUUUAGCGACAUCUUCCUGCACCUGCUGACUGGACACCUCACCCUCCUCUCUGAUGAGUUUGGAUCAGAAGAAUUUUGUUCUGUUGUCUUUGAUGGCUUCCUUCUUACUUCUUCUUCCAGUAAAGAGAAUGUCCACAGACACACCCUCCGGAUGUUGCUGCAUCUACACCACAAAGUGCUGCCAUCAUACAUGGAAACCUUGAUGAAAACUCUGGAACCUCCAAAACAGGUUUGUUUCAUUUAUACAUUUACAUUUAUACAUAGCUAGCAAUAUCUUCCUGCGAAGAUCUC